AUGCCCCUUCUGAGCAAAGAAAGUGAGCAGCCUCCCACAGAACACUUUAGCCUGCCGCUCAAUGUUGUCACAAGGUACCGGCUGCCCCUCCAGCCCACCACCCACCACCACACCAGCCCCCACCAGCCGGAGUGUGACACGGACACCGGGCAGCUGCGGGAGGGACCCCCCGCGGAGAUGCUGCGUAUGGCGUGGAACGUGCCGUGGGAGGGCGGCGUGGACCAGUUAGCAGCUGGUGAACAGGAAACAGCAGAGGGAAUUCCACCCUCUCUCGUCCUCACCUCCCGGGACAAGCUGUUGCUGAAAGCCACCCCCAUCAAAACAGCCCUGCAGUUCAACAUCCAGGAGAUAGAGGGCGCCCCUUCACACUACGUUGCCAAGCUGGCUCUGAUGAGACUAGGUCUCCUGUUGACCAGCGAUGUCAUGGGGAGUGGAACUGCUUCUAGUGGCUCCAUUGCUGAAGUCCUAUUUAAUCUUGACUGGAAGAAUGUCUUCAAAAGGUUCCUUGAAGUGAUGCCGGCCAAUGGAGAAGACGACUUGUUGCUGUCUGAGGUGCUGAAAGUUCUGCUGCUGUUCUUCAAGAGCAAGGAAAGCAUCAGAGACUCCGUCAGUAGCUGGCUACUGGACUUGGUGUUGACCAGAGGCAGCCCCCUGCUGUGGUUACUGAGUCAGGGGGACAACAAGGAGCAUGAGAACAUGGUGGGGACGAAGGCCCAGGUCCUGACGGCUCAUCGUACGCUACAGAAACAGCUCAUGGCCCUGCUGUCCGCACUGUGUAGCCAUCUGGUGCACAGGGAACAGGGAGCUGCCCAGCCGACGUUGGGUGACCUGGCACAAGGGUUUCUACAGAGGUUACACCUGGCUGACCCCUCACACUUCUAUGACCUGGCCUCGCUGGAGAGCACACUGCACUGUCUCAUCCAUGUCACUGCAAGGCCAGACUGGAGCACUGGUAUCAGCACUAGUAACAGGGAAACACUCUGUCAGGAGCUACUGGAGACGCUCAGAGAGGUUGUAUUGUCCUUCCAUGUGGGGCGUGGCAGCACCACCAGGUCCUACAUGGGGAAGGGAGUCAUCAAGAACGCCUCCAUCAGUCUCAAACACCUGGCACUAGAGAUGGCUCACGUCAGCACUAACAAGGACUGGCCCUCGCUGUGGCUGAACACCAAGUCUGAGGAGGGUGCUGGGCUGGACUGGCUGGUUCCACUCUGGGCUUACAGGGAUCCUGAGGUUCGUGCAGCAGGGCUGGGCAUCGCUGUCCUGUUGUCGGGGAGUGAGGAGGGCCGUAUCGCCCUGACGACCGGCUGUCAGCAGGUGACGGGCGGCAUCUGGGGCACCAGCAUCAGUGUCCUGCUGGACCACACCGAGUGCAGCCUGGUCAGGCAACAGGCAGCAGCCGUGCUGGUGAACUUGACCGCCCAGUCACUACCCACCACCCCGGCCCAGGCCAACGACAGCGCCUGGCAGGGUCCGAGCGUGACGGACGAAGACACAGGCUUCACCCUGGUGGGGCUGCCUGCCCUGCUGGCCCUGUUACACCACUGUCAGUUCUACACACACGUCAGCUUCAUGUUGGAGAACUACUACCCUCACAGCGUCAUACAGCCAGUUAGUGUGGCCUACAGGCAGGCCAAGGAGUCACAGAGUGAUACUGGGGGCACUACGUCAACUUCAGAUCACAGCACCCCUACCAGAGACAUUGCUUCCUCCCGCAGCAGCCUAACAUCAGGAGAACAGUACUUCACAUCAACAGCUACACUCACCACACAGAUGUCCGCCACCCCAGUGCCCCAGCCUGCUGUAGUGCAGGGUCCUGUGGGAGGCAGGGCUCCGUCCAGACAGUCCACAGACUCUACUGCAGGUUCUGCCUACAGUGAACCAGUCGGAGUGGACUACCCCAGUGUGGUGACCCCUGACCUUUUGGCCGCUCUGACACGCCUCGUUUCCAACAUGGUGGUCAUGGCUUCCCAUGAUGCACUGCAGUCCAUCUCUCAACACAACAUUUUCAACAGCUUACUCAGAUUUCUAGAUGCUGACAUCCUCCGUAUCCAGUUAAAAGAGCAAAGGGAGUCAACAUCGAAGUGCAGUACUGUGAAACUCCUCUUGGGGGAGCUGCUGCACAUGCACUGCUCUAUCCUAAGCCUGAUGCAGACCUGUGUACUGAACAAACCUGGCCUGGGGAAGACUUUCACACAGGGGAGGAACAACGUCAAAACUGUCCUGCAGCUUCUGCUUGUGGGAAGAACACUUGAUAAAGAAGACAGCAUGCACCCACCCUGCUGUGCCCUGUGGAGGAGUGUGUACAGUUUCCUCACCAGCGUGGUGCAGAUGGACGGCAGGGACGCCGUGGCGGACAUCACCGUCUCUCUCGCUAACAACUGGGACACAUUCUAUGAAUCGGUGCUGUCGUGUCUGGCUGUGUCAGCUCCUGCCGACCUUCAGCUGUCCACAGUACAGCUGCUGGCCCUGCUGCUGUCUGAGGAUGGACAGCUGCAGGGGAAACUUUCCACCGGCACGGACCCGGCGCCAUCCUUAAGUCUGCUGCUGGACAGAGCACGGGUCAAAGAUACAGACAAUGAGAGUGAGAAGACCGAGCCUGUGUCCUGUGGGUCGGAGCUGUGCCGUUGCCUGGUACAGCUGUAUGACAGCCUGGGCAGCAUGGACAGCAAUACAGCUGACAUGGACAGCAGGACAGCUGUGGGGAACAGCCUUGCUCUGCUGUUGGCUCACAGCAGAACAGCCAAGCAUACAGCUCUGCAAACUGGGUUUGUGGACAGCACAGUGGAUCACAUGAAGGACCUGCAUGCCCAGAUGAACCUGGACUCUCUCAGCACCGGUAAGCCGGCUGCUCGCAGGAAGGACGACCCGGCAGUCACCAACCUCCUCCUGUCCCUGCACCUACUCAGGAACCUCAUGCUUAAAUACCCAGACGGAAAGGCUGCAGCAGUUGAGGCAGGUCUGAGCCAGGUGGUUCACAAGCUGUGGUCCUGGGGGAUGGUCAACAACACACUGAUGGGGGCCAUGCUGGGACUACUGGCCACAUACACCGCACAGUGUGAUAAAGCUUGCAGUUCCUUGGCAGCCAGCGGCAGGACGGGUGCAAAGACGUCUCACGAGGGGUCGGCAGGAAGUUCAGUUGUGCACAGCCUGGUGAAGAUGGCCACCAAACAGACCCCCCAGGGAGGCAGGGCCCAUCUGAAGACGAUCUUCGCUGUGCUGGCAAACCUGGCGCUGUCCAACGUCUGUAGAGGAAUACUGUGGAAGAGUAAUUUUUUGCAAGGCUUCUCCGCUGUGGUGCCAGGGAAAGGGGGGAAGGACAAGAAGCAGAACAGCCUAGCAGCCAGGUGGUUGGCUGUUCUCGUUAACGUGUCUUUCUCCCUGGACGGUCAACAAAUGCUGAUCAAAAUUCCAGACAUGCUAGGCUUGCUGGUGGAACAUGUGCAGAGUUCUCCUCGUUCCUGCCAGGCCAUGGCUCUGCUGGUCCUGAGAAACAUGUGCUUCCACCCAGCCAACAAACCCAGGAUAGUGGCCAAUGAGAAAGUAGUGGAGACCCUGCUGCGGUGUAUGGAGAGCAGCGGCCUGCACUCUAAAGCUGUGGCCUCCUCAGCGCUGUGGGCGCUCGUCACCAACUGUCAAAAGGGGAAGGUGGGGCUGAAGAACGCUGCAGUUGUUCACAGGCUGGAGGAGUCAUGGCAAGCCAUUCGCAGGGAUCCCCCCGCAAGUAGCAAGGACCAGAAGCUGGUGCAGCAGUGUCUGUACAACAUGAAGACUAUCGUCUCUGUGGUCAGGAGCUGA